AUUUGUGAGGUUCAUUCCCCCCACACGCCCGCCCUAUCUAUCAUCUCCAGUACAAAGACAAAUCUCCAGUAUAGUCUAUACUCAUCGCGACGCAGCACUUCCUCCGUAUCUGAUAUUCGUCUCUCUGCAUCAUGAGUUUGGGGAAUAAGAUCAGGAUUGGAGCUGACGGAUUUGGGAAGAUCAAUCGGUUUUUAUCCAGAAUUUCUCGCCGAAAAGAUGAUUCUAAGCAGCUCUCUGGUGUCAAUGAUUCGCUAAAAGCAGCCAGUUACAAGAUUGACCAAGAUGGGCUUGGAUCUGCUGGUACAAAGUCAUUUGGAGCAUUAGCUCUCUUCGGUGCUGGAGUCUCUGGGCUUCUUGGUUGUGCAACAGUUUCCUUCUCAGAUGAGGCAGAGCAUGGGUUAGAGUGUCCGAGCUAUCCUUGGCCUCACAAAGGCAUCAUCAGUUCAUAUGACCAUUCUUCAAUUCGUCGAGGUCAUCAGGUUUACCAGGAAGUGUGUGCAUCUUGCCACUCAAUGUCACUAGUUUCUUAUCGUGAUCUUGUUGGUGUGGCAUACACUGAGGAAGAAACCAAGGCAAUGGCUGCCGAGAUUGAAGUAGUUGAUGGCCCUAAUGAUGAAGGUGAGAUGUACACACGUCCUGGGAAGCUGAGUGAUCGGUUUUCACAGCCUUAUGCAAAUGAAGCUGCUGCAAGGUUUGCUAAUGGAGGAGCUUAUCCACCUGAUCUAAGUCUUAUUACAAAGGCCCGGCAUAAUGGUCAGAAUUAUGUUUUUGCUCUUCUAACUGGCUACCGUGAUCCUCCUGCUGGUGUCUCGAUUCGAGAAGGGCUUCACUAUAACCCUUACUUCCCUGGUGGUGCAAUUGCUAUGCCUAAAAUGUUAAAUGAUGGUGCUGUUGAGUACGAAGAUGGUACUCCUGCAACAGAAGCACAGAUGGGAAAAGAUAUUGUAACAUUUUUGUCAUGGGCUGCUGAGCCAGAAAUGGAAGAGAGAAAGCUGAUGGGUUUCAAGUGGAUAUUUGUGCUAUCACUUGCACUUCUCCAAGCAGGUUUUUACCGUCGGUUAAGGUGGUCAGUUCUCAAGUCAAGGAAGCUGGUUGUGGAUGUUGUGAAUUGAGCCUUUGAACCUUUUUUUCUCCAAAUUUGUAUCCAUGUGAAAGGAUGAAAAAAUAAUACUCCGUGAUUACUUUGAUGAAUGAUUUUGACCUGUAAAACUUCUAUUGAAUAGCGUAGACCGCUAGAAAAAAGCCAGAUAGAGAGAAGAAUCUCUCGAGUAUUCUUUAUCCUUUUUGGGGGGGAAAUAAGUCGCUGAUAUACAAUUUUCACAUUUUCUUUUGCAGUAUUCAGCUAUCUCAUUUAUUUCAA